CCUGUUCUGAGAGAUGAAGAGAAACACGUCAUUUCUGAGUUUUGUGUAAACGAGUCCUUAGCAGAGACGUUUCUGUCUGUGAUUUUGGAGAAGAUCAAGGUGGAGAGAGGGUUUAUGGGACAUGAUCUCCUGCAGUCUCUCUGUAGGGUUUAUGUAGGCGUGUGUCAACAGAGAGGAGACUCUCACAAAGCACAUGCUCUCGCCUACAGACUCCUUAAAGAAGAUUUUCUUGAAGCCCCCAAAGUGAUUAUGGUCAUGGUGACAGCAUGGCCAAGUUUUUUGUCCCAUGAAAGUUCUUUAUGCCGAGCAAUUCACAUAGUGAGCAACCUGAAAGCAAAGGGAAAGAUAUUUCACUUGCUCACCAAGUAUCUGCACUGGGAUGAGGAGCCUCCGGGAAACAUCUACAAUGCUAUCACCAGCACCCUGAAGUCUUUUCUGAAAGACAGCAGUCUGAGGUUCGUGAAGAACAGCUGGUAUGGUUAUGAUCUCUGCCCUGCUACCUGGAACUACAUCUUCAGCCUGGAUCUUCUGUGUGCACAACUGGGCUGGACUUGGACCAUUACCAAUAUUAUACGGAAGGAUCUUUGGCUGAUCCUGAACACUUGGCUGAGGCAAGCAAGAACAGAGCCAACACCGUUCCGAGACGUCUGUGUAGCAGCAGUUUUCAGGCUACUUGGGCGACUUGGUCAACUAGGACUUAAGGAGAACAUGCUAACGUCACUCGAAAACCUGGCAAAAAGCAUUAAUCAGUUUGGAAUGCAAAACUUCUCAAAAGGUAUGCCAUGGGAAGUGCAGCUCUCAGUCAUCUAUGCCAUUCAUGAUCUGGCACCCAGCAACCCUGAAGCAGCUCUGAAGACUUUGGAAUCACGGAGGAAAAACAGCACACAGCGCGUUCCCCCAGCCGUCAUCAAAUGCAUUACGCAAAUCAGCUUCCUUUGUCAUCAGACCAAGUCACAAAACUCUAAGAAACUACUGUAGUGAUUAUUAUAGUGAGCACUGCAUCCCCCAGGUCUGUAUCCUCAGUCACCAGCUGUUCACACUGUGAAUCAUGACUGUGCUGCAAUGCACAGCUCCAAUCAUCAAGUUUAGCAGUCACAUGACCGUCAUGAGUCUCAUCAACAAGAACGACAAGACGCUUUCAGACAGGAAAUGCAGUGGAUAAUGGACUGGUGUUAACAAUCUUUGUGUUCACCUGUGGAGAACCUCAUCUGGUCUUACAAAGCCACCAGCAUUGUGGAUGACCACAUACA